CACCCGGGAAGCCAAACUUCGGCCCUGGCUCCUCGCAGCUUGCCCAGUCCCAAAAUGUUGGGAGGGGAUGGGCAGAGUUCCCCGGCUGUGAGCAUCCCGUGGGAUGGGGGCUGCGUGUGUGCCGUGCCCGGGGGGUCCCCGAGCGGCGGGGCCGGGCUGGCGGGGCUCUCACCCACCGGCAGGGCUCUCACCCGCUCCUCUCCGCAGGGCACGUGCUGUGUGUGGUGCUGCUGGUGCUGCCGGUGCGCUCCCUGGUCAAGCUCUACCUCCACCUGCUCACGGCGCUGCUGCUCUGUGCGGGGCACCAGGCGGCCAGUGACUACGUCCGCCGCGAGCUGGAGCACGGGUUCCAGGGCGCUGUGUACAGCGACGCCGCCGCGCUUGGACGCUUCACCACUGCCCUCGCAGGCCAGGUCUGCGUCUGCACCCUCUGUGCCCUCCUGAUGAGGACCCGCCAGGCCUGGCUCUUCGCCGCCCCGCUGCUGCCCGUGCUGGCCCGGCUCUGCGGCUUCCCCCUCCACGCGCUGCCCCUGGCCAACACCUUCGCUGCCAUCUGCACCGGCAUGGAGGUGCUCUACGUGCUCAGCUCCCACAUCCUCGUCCCCUUCCAGCUGGCUGCCGCCGCCUGCCACGAGAUCAUGCAGGCCAUGGAGGUGUACCGGCUGCUGGCGCUGGGGGUGUCCCUGUGGAGCCAGCUGGCCGUCCCCCUCCUCUUCCUCGUCUUCUGGCUGGUGCUCUUCUCCCUGCGGCUCUCCUCCUUGCUGGCCUCCUCCAGCAGCGCCGUAGCCCAGCAGGGUCUGCUCUUCGUCCUGCUCAGCAGCGUGGCCGAGUGCUGCAGCACGCCUUAUUCCCUCGUCGGCCUCACCUUCACCGUCUCCUACCUGGCCCUGGGCGUGCUCAACCUCUGCAAGUUUUACCUGCUGGGCUUUGGCGCCUUCCAGAACGGCAACGUCAUGCACAGGGGGGUGACGGAGGGCGUGACGCUGCUGCUGCUGGCGCUGCAGACGGGGCUGCUCGACCUGCAGGUCCUGCAGCGGACCUUCCUCCUCAGCAUCAUCCUCUUCAUCGUGGUGACGUCCACGCUGCAGUCCAUGAUCGAGAUAGCUGACCCCAUCGUGCUGGCGCUGGGGGCCUCCCGCAACAGGAGCCUCUGGAAGCAUUUCCGCGGCGUCAGCAUGUGCCUCUUCCUGCUGGUCUUCCCCUGCUUCAUGGCCUACAAGAUCGCCCACUUCUUCCACCUGGACUUCUGGCUGCUCAUCCUGGUCUCCAGCUGCAUGCUCACCUCCCUGCAGGUGAUGGGCACGCUCUUCAUCUACGCGCUCUUCAUGGUGGAGCUGCUGCAGGACACGCCGCUGGAGCGCAUGGACGAGAUCAUCUACUGCGUGAACGCCGUGAGCCGCGUGCUGGAGUUCCUGGUGGCCCUGUGCGUGGUGGCCUACGGCACCUGGGAGUCCCUCUUCGGCGAGUGGAGCUGGAUGGGCGCCUCCGUCAUCAUCAUCCACUCCUACUUCAACGUCUGGCUGCGCGCCCAGUCGGGCUGGAGGAGCUUCCUGCUGCGCCGCAAGGCCGCCAAGAAGAUCAGCUCCCUGCCCAGGGCCACGCGCGGGCAGCUGCGGGACCACAAUGACGUCUGUGCCAUCUGCUUCCAGGACAUGCAGGUGGCCGUCAUCACCCCCUGCAGCCACUUCUUCCACGGUGCCUGCCUCCGCAAGUGGCUUUACGUGCAGGACACGUGCCCCAUGUGCCACCAGCAGGUCACACCAGCAGCCCCCCAGGAGGACGCCAACAUCGGGACGGCGCCUCCGGAGGUGCCGGCAGACGGAGGAGCCCCAGCACAGCCCCGGGAGGACGGGCUGCCCCCUGGGGACAGCGUGCUCGCGGGCCCAGGGGACAGCAGGGCAUGCCAGGGUGACGGGGCUGGGGCCUGCAGCCCCCACCUCCCUGCCCAUCCCAGCACCCCUGCCCUGGGUGAAGAAGCAGCCACGGGGCCCAACGGGGACCCUUGUCCCAGCCCCGUGCCCCCUGCGCCCCUCGGGGCCGGGCCCCCCAGCAAGGACUCGCAGCAGCUGGUGCCCUCGCCUGCCAGCCUGGACCACUUUGCCAGCCCCAACCCCGGUGCUGGGGACAGUGGGGACAUCCACAGUGGCCACCCCCCCUCCUAGCACACCC